UCCCAAAAAAAAGUCGCCCGCAAAGGGGUCAGGUACCAUGAUUUGGCAGCCCAGUAUCUAUAAAACUCACUGCUCGCGGUGGAAAGGACAUCAAACGAUCAUCAAACGUUGAACAAGCAACAUCGUAAGCAAUAAUCUUGAAAACGACUGCCAACCAAAAAUGCCGCGCUACCAGAAACUCAUCAACGAAAGCGAAAACAUGCCAGCAGCAACAUCGCAACAACAGCAGCACUGCUACCAAAAGCAGCAGCAACAUCCACCCAACGUGGGAUACCACCUUUACCUGUACCGCCAGCAACUAUCCCGCAAAAAUGUGGAGUACAUGCGACUGUCCAAGGCCAAAUACGUCAUCACGGAUACGCUUCUGGCCAAAACAGUGCGCAACUUGAAAGGUUGCAGCGUCGAGGACUUGAAAACCGUCAACAACCAAAUCGUUUUCCGGCACAAGCUCAAAAAUCAGAUCCUUCGGCUACGCAAACUGAGGAACCUUGGAAUUAAAAACGCCAAUCCCCAAAUGGAGAGCACGGAGCUAUGAGAACUUCACGAAAACAGUUCAUCAAUCCUGGCUUUGACUUGAGCAAAGUCGGUAAAUUGUGGCCUCAAAUAAUUAAAAAAUUAUCAAGAAACGGACUCUGUGUUGGUAUCUGCAAAGCUGUCUCAUCUUAUUAAUUUAAAGCUUCGAUUAAUGAUAAAUAGUUUAAGUGGCGGGUACUGCAUAAAUCUAUACAUCUAAACAAGGUAAAAUGUUAAGCUAGGCUUCGAUUUUAUGAGUUAGAAAGUAAGUUAAGAGUACAAAUAA